CGUUCAGUUCCGGUCACUAGCGGUCACCGUCAGCCGGGUAUCUUCGUGGCGUUUGUGCUCAGCUUGAUUUGCAUAGCAUACCUUCUUCUAGUUCGGUGAAGCGGGUUACGUGAUUGUUGCUGUUAGUAAAGGUAUAAAUUAGGCAAACUUCCAACGGAAUGGCGUCGAAAAUUAAGGCCGGUCCAGUGGUGGACAUUCUUGGCGAUGAGAUGACCCGCAUCAUCUGGGACUCGAUCAAGGAGAAGCUGAUCCUACCCUUCCUGGAUAUCGAGCUGCAUACGUACGAUCUUGGGAUGGAACAUCGCGAUGCGACGAACGAUCAGGUGACGGUCGACUGUGCGGAAGCGAUCAAGCGCUUCAAUGUUGGAAUCAAGUGCGCAACGAUCACGCCGGACGAAGCGCGCGUAGAAGAGUUCAAGCUGAAGCAGAUGUGGCGCUCACCGAACGGUACGAUCCGUAACAUUCUCGGCGGCACCGUGUUCCGUGAGGCGAUCAUUUGCAAGAAUGUGCCACGGUUGGUGCCGGGUUGGGAGAAGCCCAUCAUUAUCGGUCGUCACGCCCACGGCGAUCAGUAUAAGGCGACCGAUUUUCUGGUGCCCGGCGCUGGCAAGCUAGAGAUGAAGUUCACCCCGGCUGAUGGAAGCGAACCGCAAACGUACGUGGUGAACGAGUACAAGAGCCCGGGUGUUGCAAUGGGCAUGUACAAUCUGGAUGAUUCGAUUCGGGACUUUGCUCAUUCCUCGUUCAAGGUUGCGGUGGAUCGCAAGUUCCCCCUUUAUCUUAGCACCAAGAACACCAUCCUUAAGAAGUACGAUGGACGGUUCAAGGACAUUUUCCAGGAAAUCUACGACAAGGACUACAAGAAGCAGUUCGAAUCGCUCGGCAUCUGGUACGAGCAUCGGCUGAUCGAUGAUAUGGUUGCGUACUGCAUGAAGGCCGAAGGUGGCUUUGUGUGGGCCUGUAAAAACUACGACGGCGAUGUCCAGUCCGACACGGUCGCCCAGGGUUUCGGUUCGCUCGGUCUAAUGACAUCGGUGCUGGUGUGUCCCGAUGGACGCACGGUCGAAUCGGAAGCUGCGCACGGUACCGUCACGCGGCACUACCGCCAGCAUCAACAGGGUAAAGAAACGUCCACCAACCCGAUUGCGUCGAUCUUUGCCUGGACACGCGGUCUGUUGCACCGUGCCAAGCUGGACGAUAAUGCCGAGCUGAAGCGAUUCGCCGAAACGCUCGAAAAGGUGUGCAUCGACACGAUCGAGUCGGGCUUCAUGACCAAAGAUUUGGCCAUCUGCAUCAAGGGCAUGGCCAAUGUGAAACGCUCUGAUUACAUGGAAACGUUCGAGUUUAUGACUAAGCUGGGAGAUAAUCUGCAGGCGGCCCUUACGCAGAGCCGGCUGUAGGGCGGAUGGACGGACGGACGGACGGACAGUUGGUGCAAUCUUUCGGGUGGCAGUACGGAAUGCCAUCGGUAGCAUUUACCCACACACAACGCAGCGUUUUUUUGGUGCAUUCAUUCACACUGUCUUAUUAAUUUGUAUUCGUGUAUAAGCAAAUGGAGAGGUGUUUUCGCUGGUAUAAGAAAUAAAUAAACCAUUUUUGGGACAUUUCU